AUGGUGCAAGCGACUCCUUUCCUCCUGGUGCUCAGCCUGGCUCUGGUGGCUCCCAGCUUCUCUGCAAGAAAGUGUGUGCUGACGGGGCACUGGAUCAACGACCUGGGAUCCAACAUGACCAUCAAGGCUUUGAAUGGAAAAGGCGAAUUCGCUGGCUCCUAUCACACAGCCGUGACAGCCACCACAAACGAGAUCCAAGUGUCACCACUGCAGGGGUCCCAGCACCACACAAAUGAGAAGAGCCAGUCCACCUUCGGCUUCACCGUCAACUGGAGCUUUUCAGACGCCAUCACUGUCUUCACGGGUCAGUGCUUUGUGAACAAGGAGGGAAAGGAGGUUUUGAAGACCAUGUGGCUCCUGCGGUCAUAUGUGGACAUGAUUAAGGACGACUGGAAAGCCACCAGGGUUGGCACCAACACCUUCCACCGCAUUCACCCGCAGAAGGAGUGA